AUGUCGGACCCUCAAAAUUACACGGUCGGCUGGAUCUGCGCCCUUCCAAUCGAGUUCGACGCCGCUCAGGCCUUCCUCGACGACGAGCACGAGGGGUCCCUAUCGGUUGCUCAACGCGAUAACAACAGUUAUGCAUUGGGCAGGAUUGGACGUCAUAACGUCGUCAUCGCCGUCCUACCCGAUGGGGAGGGAGUACGGCACCAGUUCGGCGGCGGCAGUAGCCUGAGACAUGCUGCACGGCUUCCCCAACGCGACGUUGUUGUCAGCAGCCGCGAUGGGGCCAACGGCGGCGUGUUCCAGUACGAUUAUGGCAAAGCUGUCCAGAACCAGGAUGCUCCCUUCCAACACACGGGUUUUUUUAGAUCAACCUCCAAUGGCACUCCGGACGGCCAGAGGGUACUAGAGAAAUGGCCGAGGCUGCGACUCGAAUAUUCUCAUCACCCCCCGAAAGCGAUAGGCUCUACAAAUCCGAAGUUGUCCAUCCAAAUUCAUCAGAAGGAUGCGGAAUCGUGUGUAGCAGCAAUCCAGACCAUCUUGUGCCCCGUGCCAAACGAGGUGAAUGCCAGGAUGACCCCCAUGGUUCACUACGGACUGAUCGCCAGCGCAAACCAACUGGUGAAGGACGUGCGGAUCCGAGACAAGCUGGCUGCUGAAAAUAGCGUCCUUUGCUUUGAGAUGGAGGCGGCCGGUUUGAUGAACCACUUCCCAUGUCUAGUGAUUCGUGGGAUAUGCGACUACUCCGACUCCCACAAGAGCAAAGAGUGGCAGGGCUUUGCGGCCAUGAUGGUGGCGGCGUAUGGGAAGGACUUGUUGGGCCACAUUCCGCCCAACAAGGUCGAGGCAGAGAGACCAGUCGGCGAAGUCAUUGGUUCCAUUCAAGAAGGCGUUAAGCAAUUAUAUCAAACCAUUGAUGAAACGAAGACUGCGAUCACCCACCAUACGUGUGUCGAACUUUCCGCCCUCAAUCUGAGGCUCCAGACAGCUGAAGAUCUGUCGGUCGCCCGCAGUCCCCAUCAUAUCAUACCCUUCACCAGCGAUCCCGACUUCGUACAGAGGGCAGAUAUCUGGACUUGGAUAAUAGAGCAAUAUGCGGGGCCUGCGAGGCGUAUGGGUCUUCUUGCUAUCCACUUUGCGCAUAAGAUUCACGUAGAGUCACCCGACAUCAGCAUCUUCUGGGUGAGCAGCAAUACGAAAGAGACGUUCGAAGAGUCAUACCGCUCUCUCGCAGACGUUCUUGCUCUACCCCGCCGGCACGACCCCGAAGUCCACGUGCUGGUCCUCGUCCUCGAUUGGCUGCAGAGGGAUGGUGUAAGCCAGUGGCUAAUGAUUGUCGACAGCGCGGAUGAUGUCGGUGUAUUCUCUCUCAAGGAUAACAACGACGAUAGAACCCACGGGUCUCUAGCAUCAUAUUUUGCCAAGACAGCCAACGGGAAGAUCCUCGUCACAUCUCGCAGUAUGGACGCUGCGGAGAGGCUCACCGGAAGCAGCAAGACAAUCCUGCAGAUCCCGGCGAUGGACGAAGAGCAGGCAUUGCAGUUACUCCGUAGGAAACUUGAAAAUAAGGUGGACGAGGACGCCGCCGUCGACCUCAUUCAUAGCCUCGACCGCAUUCCACUGGCGGUAAACCAGGCAGCAGCAUACAUCAACCGCCGCAGCCCCCGGGUGACCAUCCGGUCGUAUCUGGGCGAAUUUCGCAAAAGCGAAAAGCGGAGGAAUAGCCUUCUACGCAGUGACAAAGGGGACCUCAGGCGACACUCAGAUGUGUCGAAUUCCGUAGUGGUGACGUGGCAGGUGACAUUUGAGCAGAUCAGAAGAGACCGACCAAGUGCUGCCAACCUUCUGUCACUGAUGAGCUAUUUCCAAGUUCAAAAUAUUCCUGAGAGCAUUGUACAAGGCUACAAUGACGAUAUUUCGGCUGAUCAUCAGAACGAUCACAGUAAUAGCGCUGGCGAGACUGGCAGCCAUGGAAGUAGUGGAAAGGAUGGGUUCGAGGACGACAUGGACGUACUUCGAGGCUACUCCCUUGUUACUCUCACAACCAUGGGGCUCUGUGAUAUGCAUUCAUUGGUCCAGUUUUGCACUCGCAUGUGGAUAUUGGAGUUUGGAGACCCAAAGCGAUGGAACCAGCUCUUUAUUCGGCUCGCUGCGGCUUAUUUUCCAUUGGGGGCGUUUGACACAAUGGAAGGGUGCCAAACAUUGCUGCCUCAUGUUCGCCCUAUUCUAGGUCAGGUACUCGAAGACGAGGACAACAGGGUCGAGAUCAAAAUGCGGGAUCUGUCAGUCCGGCCAAGUUGUUCUCGCAUCUUGUCUGACCGUGCAGCUGCGACAACAACGGCACCCUUGGUUGCUGCCUGUCGCGAUGGAUAG